AUGCUGAAGGGGCAGCUGCAGCAGAACCACACGAACCGCCUGCUCCAGUGGUUCGAGGUACUGGCGAAGACCAUCGAUAUCGCCGGCUCGCAGGAGGUGAGCGGACACUUCCCGGACGUCUGGGGGCAGAUCAACGCGUACUUGGAGCAGGCCGUGCGGACCAACAGCUGGCUCCGGGAGGAGCAGCAGAGCUCCCUGCUGCAGGACUCCCUGGCGUGCCUGAGGAACAAGCUGAACGCAAAACAGUCAAGACCGACCGCCGCCCGGGCUGCCCGAGCCGUCCUCCGGGCUGCCCAAGGGCAAGGGCGCCCCGCCCUCGUGAGCGAACGGCCUCGGCGGCGGACCCGCGCCCCCCCCCGCCGCGGCCGUGCGGGGCCGCCGCGGGCGGCGAGCUGCCUCUGCUUCCCUGAGGCGACGCUCUGCUCCAGCCGCGGGCCGUGA